GCCAAGCUUGCAACAAUGGCUUCUCCACUUACAAUACUCUUAUUAGCUUCGUUUCUAAUGGGCUUGCUGCCUUGUCAAUUAGUCAUUGCAGAACACUCUGAACAGGCAGAGCCAAACAGAGUGUACAUUGCUUUUCUGGGAGAACGCAAACAUGAUGAUCCAAAUCUCGUCCAAAAAUCACAUCAUGACAUGCUCAUAUCUCUGCUCGGAAGCAAAGAGGAAGCUUUAAAGUCUAUAAUCUAUAGUUACAAGCAUGGGUUUUCAGGAUUCGCAGCCACACUGACAGAGUCCAAAGCCAAGCAACUUUCAGGAUUUCCGGGGGUGAUUAGUGUAAAACCAAAUCAAAAACGCCAACUGCAAACAACCAGAAGCUGGGACUUCCUUGGGCUUCCGUAUGACCAUCCUGAAGGAACACUCCUCCAGAAAGCCAACAAUGGAGAUGGUGCCAUAGUUGGUGUCAUUGAUUCAGGUGUAUGGCCAGAAUCAAGGAGCUUUAGAGAUGAUGGUUUUGGUCCCAUACCAUCAAGAUGGAAAGGUAAGUGCCAAACAGGGCAGCAAUUCACCAAAAGCCAUUGCAACAAGAAGCUGAUUGGCGCACGGUGGUACUCUGGUGGCGUAGAUCAGGAUGAUCUGAAAGGUGAAUAUCUCUCAGCAAGGGACUUGAACGGGCAUGGAACUCACACGGCCUCCACUGCUGCUGGUGUGCUAGUACGCAACGUGAGCUUCAAUGGACUUGCUGCAGGGGAUGCGCGCGGUGGCGCACCCCACGCGCGACUGGCAGUGUACAAGGCUUGCUGGGGAACUGGUGGAUGCUACGACGCAGCCAUUCUGAAGGCCAUCGACGAUGCGAUCCACGAUGGCGUGGAUGUUUUAUCUUUGUCACUGGGAUCAUUGGACAAUGAUUAUGGCCAGGGCACUCUGUUCGCUGUUUCCAAAGGCAUCACCAUCGUCUUCGCUGCAGGGAACGAUGGACCAUCGCCACAGACUGUAUCACCUUCUGUUCCAUGGGUCAUUAACGUGGCCGCUUCCACAUUGGACCGCUCCUUCCCCACUGUCCUCAACUUCGAUAACCGCCUUAAAAUAGUGGGUCAAGCUAUGUUCUAUGACAUCAAUAACAGUACUUCCAGAACACUUGUUCAGGGUGGCAGUUGCAACCAAGAGGAUCUCAAGAACGUGGAUGUUACUGGGAAAAUGGUGCUAUGUUAUUCACCUAAUGAAGUGUCAACAACAUUCCCCAGCUUUGGCUAUUCUUUCGCGUUGACUAAUGCAUUGGCAGCCGGAGCUGGAGGGGUCAUAUAUACAGAGUAUCCCACUGAUUUACUCUAUUCUGUUAUUGAUAUAUGUCAUGGCAUUCCUUGUGUAUUUGUAGACAUUGAAGCUGCCAGAAAAAUAUCCAAUAUUAACUCAACUGUGAAAGUGAGUCUCACUAGGACUGUUGUGGGAGAUGAAGUUUGGGCACCCAUGGUGGUCUCUUUCUCAUCCAGAGGACCCAGCCAUUCUUUCCCUUCCGUGAUUAAGCCCGAUGUUGCAGCACCAGGAGCCAACAUCUUGGCUGCAGUGGGUGACUCUUAUGCUUUUGAAUCAGGGACCUCAAUGGCAUGCCCCCAUAUCUCUGGAAUAGCCACACUUCUUAAAGCAGCUCACCCUGAUUGGUCUCCUGCUGCUAUUAGAUCAGCAAUAGUAACAACUGCAAUGACCACUGAUCGAUACGGGGAACCAAUUCUUGCAAAUGGAGUUCCCCGGAAGUUUGCAGACCCUUUUGAUUAUGGUGGUGGAGUUGUUGAUCCGAAUAGAGCUGUAGAUCCGGGUCUUGUUUAUGAUGUCCAUCCAAAAGACUAUCUAAAGUUCUUCAACUGCACUCUUGCUCUAGAUAGCAAUUGUGACGUUCUCACUGCACCAUUAUAUUACCUCAAUGUUCCUUCAAUUGCCAUUCCUGAUCUCAGAACUACCCAGCAUGUUUUAAGAACUGUUACUAAUGUUGGGAAUGUGGAUGCAACCUAUAAAGCCAUUGUUGAACCUCCUUCAGGGGCAAAAAUGGUGGUGGAACCUUCUGUUCUUGUGUUUAAUGCCAAGAAGAAAAAGAACAAGUUCAAGGUGACUUUCAUGGCGAUUCGUAAGGUGCAAGGGCAGUAUACUUUUGGAAGCUUGACUUGGGUGGAUGGCAAGGGCCAUUCUGUUAGAAUUCCAAUAGCAGUGCGCACUGUGAUUUAUGACAACUAUUCAGACGUUUCAUGAAAUUACCACACUGGAAAUUGAAUCACUUCUAAUUAUAUGGAAUUAUGAAUAAAAUCCUAUCUAUUAUGCUUGUAUGAUAAAGGUGAAAGUGUUCUACAAUUUCACUGAGUUCUCUGCUAUUCACUAUAAUAUUUUCAACUAUUUGAUCA